UGCUUCCUGUUGAAACGUAACUCGAUCAGCACUGAGGCAAAGAUAUGAUCGACAUCUUACAGUUCCGCUAUUGAGAAAUGUCUACCCAACUCUAAAUGCCCAAUGAGCUUGUGUGCCGUGGCUGGACGCGAGAAGUUGAAGAAGUGAAAGGUCGAGGGGUUUAGGAGUACCGCCGGGGGUAACUUAGAAGCGACGAGGCCCCGAAACGAUGCCACAUUUCUUGUGGCCGGAGCCGCUGUCGGGCGCUCAACUCAAGCGGCUUGAGGAGCACAAAUACAGCGCCUCUGGCCGGUCCCUGCUGGAGCCUCCUUUUCAGGUCUACUGGAACUGGCUGGUGGAACAAAUACCGACAUGGAUAGCGCCGAAUACCCUGACUAUUGUUGGACUGAUGGUCAAUAUAGUGACAACGAUGGUGCUGGUGUACUACUGUCCUUCGGCGAGGGAAGAGGCUCCAGCAUGGGCGUUCAUCCUGAGUGCCCUGGGGCUGUUCAUCUACCAGUCCCUGGACGCCAUCGACGGGAAGCAGGCCCGGCGCACCAACAGCAGCUCGGCCCUCGGGGAGCUCUUCGACCACGGCUGUGACGCCGUCUCCACAGUCUUUGUCGCCGUGGGAAGCUGCAUAUCGUGUGGGAUAGGCUGGUACCCCGACUGGAUCUUCUUCUGUGGGUUCAUCGGCAUGUUCAUGUUCUUCUGCGCCCACUGGCAGACCUACGUCUCGGGCACCCUGCGCUUCGGCCUGGUUGAUGUGACGGAGGUGCAGAUCGCCAUCGUCACCAUGUACCUGAUGACGGCUGUCGGUGGGGUCGGCCUCUGGCAGGGAACGCUGCCGGUCCUGGGGGUGAAGCUCUACGUGUUUCCCAUCGUGGGCAUCAUCGGCGGAGCGUGCUUCUCCUGCUACAACUACUUCCACGUGAUCCUGAACGGAGGCGUGGGCAAGAACGGCUCCACCGUGGCCGACACCAGUGUGCUGAGCCCCGGCCUCCACAUCGGACUCAUCCUCACGCUGGCCUUCAUCAUCUUCAAGAAGUCGUCUAGUCAGCUGUUUGAGAACCACCCCUGCCUUUACCUCCUGGCCUUCGGCUUGGUCAUCGCCAAGAUCUCCAACAAGCUGGUGGUGGCUCACAUGACCAAGAGCGAGCUUUACCUCCCGGACACGGCCUUCAUCGGGCCGGGGCUCCUCUUCCUCAACCAGUACUUCAACAGCUUCGUCGACGAGUACAUCGUACUCUGGAUCGCCGCGGUGCUCUCCCUGCUGGACCUGGCGCGGUACUGCUCGGGCGUGUGUCUCCAGAUCGCCUCGCACCUGCGCAUCCAGGUGUUCAGCAUCAAGCCGCUCGGCCGCGCCCGCCGCGACUGACGACUUGCCCGGCGGGAGGAGAAGGAGGACGAGGAGGAGCUGGUGGAGGAGGAGGAGAACACGAGAGACCUCCGCACGCUCCUGGAAGCAGACGAACGCGAGCCCCAGCCGUCGAACCCGAGCCACAGCAGCCUUGACAGAGUGACCACUGAAUAACCACAAGGGAAUUUAAACCAGGUAGAAUAAAGAGGGACGACCACCCAACACCCCCCCCGGUGUCCCGUGACAUCACCAGUCCUGACCUAUCAGACUUAAAGGACACGCCCCCGACGAGUUUCCCGCUUUUAGUAACGGACUUAGCAAAGCAAACCAAAACAAAAGACCUGUGAAGUUGAUUAGCGAAGAAGGGAGUGCAAGAUGGUUUUUGAUAAAGAAUGAAUUUAGUAGGUUGAUCAGUGAAUCCCCUCACUGGUCUCGGCCAAUCAGAUUUGGGCUAUGAUCUCGCCACCCAAUUGUGGUGCCCAACAGUAGAUAUUAGUUUUCCCUUAAGUUGGCACUCCCUUAUCUCUUGCUUAGGCAAAUCAAUGACCAAAAUAAGUUUUAUUUUAAAAGGUACUACUUUGCGUGAGCAAAUAUCAAAUAAGGACGGCAAAAGGUUGUUAAGGUGUCUAAUCCAGUGAUGAAUAGACUCCACUAAACACUGUUCCAAACUAGGUUUACCGAUUUGUAUUAAAAUGAUGAUAUUCACUAAGCUUCAUCUCACCUUUCGCAGAGAACCGCUACGAUCGCGUUAUUGAUAUUUGUCCAAACUUAGUGUGGUUACCGCCUUCAAAUCAUGUUUAAUUUUCCUGUUAUUUAUUGAACAAACAAAGUUAACCCAAUCCAAAACGACCUCAAUCAGGGUUUGAAAAAAAUGAAUAGAGAAAUAAUUGGAUGAAGUACAGGAACCUUCAGACCACUGGUAAUUCCCAAUGAAAGGUAUAAUGCUGGGUUUCAAUACGGUACGUCUGCCGCGUGACGAAGCGAUGGACGGUCGUGUUAAUGUUGAGUGCUCACUUAAAAACACGGCACCAGUAUACUCAUCUCACCCCCCCCAUGGCCUUGGUUAGCAACAACAAACCACCACCCGAGUACAAGUGACCACGUAGGGCUUUUAUUUUGGCGGUGGGCUGGGAUUGGUGGCUGAAUGACGCAUGGACACACGACUCUGGUUCUGCUUUCUUCUCCCUUAAGGGCUGAUGGGAAUUCAAUGUGAUUGUACAGAAUUCAAAUGACGACGCCUUAAAUGUUUUGUUUUAAUUCAUGUUUUGUUAUUUUUCUUCUGUGAAUAUUUAAGAGGAUUUUUUUGUGGGGGGGGGGGGGGGGGGGGGGGGGGGAAGAGAGUAGGGCAGCUGCAGAACUCUUCGUUGAUGACGCAGUGUUGUAAUCACUGAAGUAUUAUGCAAGAUGCAACCAACACUAUUUACAAAAACACACACAGUGCUAAUGUUCUCGUUUUCUCCUUACACCACGACUUAUAUCCGCUCCCUUGUACAAAUGUGUACCUUGUAUAGGUUAAAUGUACAGCAUUUGGUACUUAAAAAAACAACUAUUAUUUGAUCGUUAACAUUUUUAUAAUAAUCGAUGGAUGAUGGUGUAAAUGGGGUGGGAUGUCAUAGUCUUGAUUUGGGAUUAAAUUGGUUGUGAUUUCAGGUCCACUAGGAUUCAAAAAGGGAUUUUUGCUACGGUUUAGACGCUGAUCCAUCCCUCUCCCGUUCUGAUUUUAUUCCUUCAGGAAAAGUCCAUAUAGUUCCUCUCUAAAAGUUUGAUGAUUCACAUCGUCUUAUCAAAGAUUAUUAUUUUUAUUAGCCCUGAUGGACUGUGGAACUAUGCAUUGAAAGGUACGCCUCGUCUCUUCUGUUGAGCCGUCUAACAUCCAAGGGGAAAGCCUUUCUAAUAAGUGUGAGAAAACAUUGUAAUAAAGAAAUCCUUUUCAA